AUGAUACUGCCACGCUCGCUCUACAACGAUGCGCCACCUGAGCGCCGCACACGUAUCGCCAACAAUCCCACGCUCCUAUACAGCUGGUGGUGCACCAUUUUCUCUCUUGUCAUCAUAGGAACCCGACUUGCUGGCCGAUACAUCCGGAAUGACCGCCUCUUCCGCGAAGACAAGAUUAUGGCAGGAAGCAUUGUUCCACUUCUAGCCCGCAUGGCUCUCAUCCACGUGGUUCUCAUCUGGGGCACCAACAAUGUCGACACCUCCAAACUUACAGAUCCUCUCAAGAUUCAUCAUCGUGAAAUCGGUGCCAAACUAGUCAUCGCAGCUAGGAUCUUUUACACCAUGUUCAUCUGGAUGGCCAAGUUCACUGUCUCUGAGUUCUUGAAGCGAAUGACCGAAAGAUUCUGGAAGAAAGGCUAUGAGCUUGGCUUGCGUGGCAUUCGGGUAUUUCUUGUCGCCACUUUCGUCGCCGUCCUGAUCGCGACACUGUCAGAGUGCCGCCCUUUCACAGAAAACUGGCAGGUCGUUCCGGAAGCAAAACCUACCUGUCGCCAGGGUUACGGCCAUCUUCUCACCAUGGGCACUGCCGAUAUCGUCACCGACCUACUACUUAUCCUAUUUCCGAUUCCAAUCAUCCUCAAGUCAUCCAUGUCCAUCAAACGCAAAUUACAGUUGGUCGCGCUCUUCUCCAUGUCUAUCGUUCUCGUCAUCAUCACUGCGGCCCGGAUACCGUUGGUCAUCGGGAAGAGCGGCUUGCAGCAAUAUCGGACUGUGUGGGCAUCCUCGGAGAUCCUUGCGGCAACGGGCGUCUCGAAUGCCAUCAUUCUAGGGUCUUUCCUUCGCGACAGGGGGAUCAAGAAAACAAAGUACAAGCCUGGAUCAGCCACUGAUAGCAUGGACCGUCGUUCCUCAACGCGACGAACUUUGCAGGAUUGUGAAAGCGAUGAGGAUCUUGCUCGAUCGCUGGGCUAUCGGACAAACCCUGAGCUGAUGGACGAACGAACAAGCAUCGCAAGGCCUGCUCAGGUGGUUGACAUCAACCUGCUCAACCCCCGAGCCCCACGCGGACCACCACCUCCAUUCUCAACCCCCAACUGGCAAGCCAGUAAAAAUUCAGAGAUAUCUGAGUAUAGCGGCGACUCCGAUCUAAAAGGCCUAGACAGCGAAGACCCGAUUCCUAGCCCACGUGCAAUGGGCGGUCGACGGGUGUCUUUCUUUGAUGUUGGAGGGCUUUUGGAAUCCGGACCAGUCACAGCACCAUCACCAACUGAUUCCGUGGUUGCGCAAGACUUCGCGCCACAGCCGCGGCGGCCGUCAAGAAGCUCCCUUGCUCCAAGCGGACGAUCCUACAUACCCGGUCGACGAACAUCGCGAUUCUCUCAACACUCCGAGGAGUACGAGUUGGGCACACGUUCUGGUCCCCAGCUGCAAGACAUAGAAAACAUGUUAGCCGAAAAAGAUGAGCUUGAAGCACAAACGGAAAUCGCUUCACCAUCGAAUACCAGAGCUCCAACCGCACAUUCAACUCAACCACUCCUAGCCCGAGACACUCCAACCCCUCUUCUCCGCAGCCCGACUGCGACCAGCUACGCCAGCGUACCGAGCCUACAGGACGCUGGGGGCCUUCUUUCCUAG